CUUAGAAAAACUCAGCGAGCGUCAGUCAGUGUUUUAAGAGAGGAAACUUUCUUCUUUAGACGGCGCACAGUCGACGAUAUUUGCAGUUUUCUUAAUCACACACAGCUCUAUCUGUUUGGAUUACUGACAUCUGCAACUCCAGAGAAUAUAAACUGUAAAGCUUUUUCGGAAGGUGGAUUUGUGCGAUUCAUCCAAUUUUGCGCGUGACAACUGUAUUGCAAGAGCGCGCGGCUUCCGGAUAUAUUACGGUUAUAAUCUCUCGCGCAAGAGCGCAGUUUGCGGAUUUUUCUCUUUCGCGGCGUUCUAACCAUAUAAACUCGCUUUGAAUCUCACAUUGGUUUUGUUUUUCUUUUUUAAGUGAAAGCUCCAGCAUGAAGACACGUGCGUAAGAGUGAAGAUUUUCCCUGAUGAAAGGAGUCGAGCGUUAAGCUCGAGUUCAAUAGGGACACUUCCUGAUGAUGACAGUAAACAUGGAUGGAGGUCUCCAAAAUGGACCCGGACAGCACAAGAACUCACAAGAUGACGAAGAGGCGCUCAACUCCAUUAUGAAGGACCUGGCAGCUUUACGCUUCUGUUACCAGCUCAAGAGCAACAACACCAACAAGCCCAAGAGCAGGACCCAAGCCUACAGACAGGAUUUACGGGUGAAGUUGGAGCAUGAGCGAGAGAAACGAAUUAUCCCGUUCCAGAGACCACUGAAGUUCAAAGAUCUGCUUCAGAAGGUGACAGAAGCCUUUGGGCAGCACAUGGACCUGUACUACACAGAUAAAGAGAUGUUGGUGGCUCUGAAGUGUCAGGAGGAUUUGGACAGAGCUGUUCAGUCUUUGAGCUCCAGUUCUGGAAUGAACAACCUGCUUAGAGUGAUUUUGAAAACGCCUCCCAAUAACCAAUUCCUGCAGGUUAGCGGCCAAGACAAACACAGUGAGAUGCGGUCAUCCAGGUCUCUGGGAGAUCUCAAAGCCUCAGUUCUCAAAGGCUCCGAACGAGUGCGCAAACACUCUACAGGUUCUCUGAACACGGGCCGCACCUCUCCUCCUCCGGGCAGUGUACCAGAAGAACAGCAGCAGAUCGCUCGGCAGGGGUCCUACACCAGCAUCCACAGUGAGGGAGAGUUCAUCCCUGAAACCCUUGACUCGAAUAUUUUGGAGCCAUUUGGGAGUGCUAAUGGGUCACUUUCCAGCAGCUGUCAAUCACUGGACCAAGCGCUGGACAGCCCACCGUUCUCACCGAACAACCGGGACAACAAUUACCUGAACAUCAACUAUGAAUACAAAGGACGACAUGGGAAACAUGGCACCUUCCCACGCCAGUUCCAUGUGUCCAGUCGUUGUAAAGACUAUGGUGAUGGUCGAAGGACUUUCCCUCGAAGUUUUAUGCCCCAGGAAAACCUGUUUCAGCUGGUCCCGUCCAGCUGUACACGCAGCUAUAAUGGAGAAAGCACUUUGCUGUACAGUGGAGAUCAGCAAUCUAUCAGCUGGACUGAGAAAAGCAGCCAGCGCAACUCUCCCAAAUCCCCAAGGGCUCCGGUAAACUGGCGUCAAGGGAAACUCCUUGGUCGAGGAGCCUUCGGCGAGGUCUACCUUUGCUACGAUGUCGACACAGGACGCGAGCUUGCAGCCAAGCAGGUGCCCUUUGACCCUGACUGUCAGGAGACAAGCAGAGAAGUGAAUGCACUGGAGUGUGAGAUUCAGCUCUUGAAGAAUCUUCGUCAUGAGCGUAUUGUACAGUACUAUGGCUGUUUGCGUGAUCUGGUGCAGAAAAAGCUGUCCAUCUUCGUGGAAUUCAUGCCAGGGGGCUCUAUAAAAGACCAGCUGAAGGCAUAUGGAGCACUAACCGAGAAAGUCACCCGCAGAUACACCAGACAGAUCCUCCAGGGAGUCCACUAUUUGCACAGCAACAUGAUCGUACACAGAGACAUCAAAGGCGCUAACAUUCUGAGGGAUUCCUCCGGAAAUGUGAAGCUGGGAGAUUUUGGAGCUAGCAAGCGCAUUCAAACCAUAUGCAUGUCAGGGACGGGAAUCAAAUCAGUCACUGGCACCCCCUACUGGAUGAGCCCGGAAGUUAUUAAUGGAGAAGGAUAUGGACGUAAAGCAGACAUCUGGAGUGUGGCUUGCACAGUUGUAGAGAUGCUAACGCAAAAACCCCCAUGGGCUGAAUAUGAAGCAAUGGCAGCCAUUUUCAAGAUCGCAACUCAGCCCACUAAACCAAACCUGCCUGAGGGCGUGUCUGACGCAUGCAGGGACUUACUACGGCAAGUCUUUGUGGAGGAGAAAUGGCGACCCACUGCCGAGGGGCUUCUCAGUCACCCUUUUGUCCAGGGUGCCUUCUGAGACUGUCGCCCUCUUACAAAUGAGGGGCUUUCUGGAAUGCCUAGGGAUUAACAUUCACCUUCACAUGGACAAUCACCAGUCUGCCUUCCAGGGACCGGAGAAACCCUCCAACCAGCCAACUGAGAACAAACUAGCCCAUAAAGAGACAAUGUGUGUCGCAGAUCUCCCUGAUCGAACACAGGUUGAAAAAAGGUUCUAAUAUCAUGAUAAGAUGCAGCACUGAGGAAAACUGGGGACAGCAAAUACAUAAAAACUGAUAGCGCUUUGUUAUCUUGUUAACCAUCUUGUAUGGCUAGGGAUUGCAGCAGCUGUGCUAGUACACCAUAGUAUGGCUUAAGUUCCAGCACUUUGUCUGAUACAUUUAUACAUAGACCAACAUUAAAAAAAAAGCACAAACUAAACUCACGCAAAUCCAAGUGCACAAGCAGUAAAGAUGACCAAAAUGCUCAUCCCUACUUGUACAGAAUGGAAAAAUUGUUACCUAUUUAGUUAAGAUAACAAUGCUUCAAAAUGUCAUUGUGUAAAGCAUACUGCUUCGAAUCAGACAGUUUACAUACAUUACUGCUAGUUGACAUUCUCUGAUCCCCUGAGGUCAAGCCACAAAUGCUCUGAGAUACUGCAGGGGUGGCUGGACAAAUCACACGUUCUGAAUUUGGCACACAUAUACUGUAUUAGAGUGUCAUUUUAAACCCUGUGGAGGAGAUUUAAAUAUAUAUGAUCUUUUUAAAUUUAACAGAAUUUUUUCAGUUGGUCAGAAAAAGAGAGUUUUAUUAUGGCUCAUGUACUUCUGAAUCCCUGGGUCCAAUCCUUUGAACAUAGUGCAAUUGAAAGACCUUGUGGAGCAAAUAGAUAGCGAUAUAUGUACUGUACAAUACUCAUUUGAGUAAUUUUUGAUAAGAUUACUGUGUUUGAUGGUUAGAAUCUAACCAAAUAAGAAUGACACAGAUAAGGCAUUUGCAACCACCAAAGUGGUGAGUCUAUAAGACAGAGAAAUGUGUUUUAUUUUCUUCAUGUCUACAUGUCUUUUCAGCUAAUGAAGACUGUAUAAACAUCUUUUUAUAAAAUGUAAAGUUUUAGUUAAUUGCUACUCUUUACCCAGAGUUAAUCAAUUUAAAAACAUUCCCAUUGCACUCUUUGAUUCAUGCAUAGAGUAACAGCACAUAGAAUAAUCAGCUGAGAUUCAGUAAAUAUUUUUAUACAUUUCUUUUUUAUUCAAAUGUUUGGAAUGACAAUACCAAACUUUUUGUAUUAUUGUAAAAAGUACCCUAAAAUAUCAAAGCAAUAUUUCAGCAAGGAAUACAGUGGCUGGUGUGUUAGCAUUCUUGUACUGUUCGGUCAGUCGAAUACAACCAAAGAGCAAUGGGAUGCUUGAAUUAUGAAUUUGGUAAAUUCAGAACUCUUCAGUUAUCGACCAGUGUUGUUGAAACAGUCACUUUCUUAAUUUUUUUAGACUCCAACAUGUUUUUGUGACCUCUGGUGGCUUUUUUUAUUUUAUUUUUUUUAUUGUCUCAAAUAAAUCAUUGUUUGCUGAUUUGCAAACAUUUUUGUUCUCAUUAUACCAUGAAUUCACAAUGUAACAAAUGUUAAACAUGGUUUUAGUUGU